AUGUUGAGAACAGAGCAUUAUGCGUUUUUGCCGUGUAUCUCUAGGGCUUUGGAAGAGCGAGAUUCGCUAGGCAUUCGAAGAGAGCUACGGGCUCGCCAGCAACGUUUGUCUAUGCAACAGUCGCGCAGCAAACUCGGACGAGUUUGCGUCACAGGCGCGAAUUCGCCGCUUGGUCAAGAGCUCGUCGGUGCAUUGACCCGUACACCUGAUCCAUCUCUUCGGCCAGAUGCUAUCGGUGUUAUCGGUGCGCGUGACCCGAUAGAGAGCCACAGCGCUGGAGCUGGUUUGCACUUUCCGGGUCCAGGUGUAGAUUUUCUGGAGUGCGCUGCAACAGAUCUGGAACACUACAACCCGAGAACGCUCUUUUCGAUAAACGAUGACGAUCUAGGACUGAGGAGACGAAGCAUCUUUCGCGAAAACCAGGUCGUGAUCGACCUUCUACGAGCGCAAGGGGAGACGAACGAGCCCCGAUCGAAAACGCGACUGGUUCUCGUGACUUUACUCGGUUGCGGUGACUCUGAAGACGCUAUACCGUCGCAGGCAUUUGAUGUACUAAGGCCGCUUCUCCUGGAACUAUCUCGAGUCGAACAGUAUGUCCGUGAGAGUGGUCUGCCGUAUACGAUUGUGCGCCCCGGCGCGCUCGAGCAUGGUGACGCCGACAGCCGUGCUAUUGUCAGUGAAAGCAAGGUCGGUUUUGGAACCAUACAUCGAAGCACUUUGGCGCAUCUGCUUCUGAACGUAGCUGCUUCCGAAAAAGCAGUGAAUAAGACCCUCAUGGCACUCGAUAUGAAUCGGCUGCUUGUUGCAGCACCGUAUGUACGACCAUUUGAGGUUUGGGAGUCUCCGCCUUUUGAAGUAUUUGAUCUCUGA